UAUUCUCAAUGCAUUACUAGGCGACUUGCAUGGAUGGGAUUUCGGUUUAACUACCCUGCCAUUUACAAGCCUAAGAAGGCUCCGAGUGUAGUAUGCUCUGGACUGUACCUCGCUGCUCGUUUCUUCUGUAGCAAGUGGAGCCAUAACAAUUCUCUGAAGGAUGAAUGGCUUGCUAGGAUUGACAGGAAUUCGAUUGAUGUGUUUGCGCUCCAUGAACGUAUGCAACUAUGUGCCAAGAGGAGGUCCCUCUUGGUUGGGAAAAGCUGCCAUGGGUUGGCCGUUCAACUUGGUCUGGUUGCAGAUACUCUCACCUGCAAUAUUCUUAUCAACCUGUACACGAAAUGUGGCCAGAAUGAUUGCGCUCGUUAUGUUUUUGAUGCAAUGCUUGUCAGAAGCAUAGUCUCGUGGAAUACCAUGAUUGCUGGAUAUACUCGCAGCGGAGAGGAUGUACAAGCUCUCAAGCUUUUUUCAAGAAUGCACCGGGAAGGGACACCGCUGAGUGAAUUUACUUUAUCCAGCACAAUCUGUGCAUGUGCUGCAAAAUAUGCUAUCAAUGAAUGCCGACAAUUACACACUGUUGCACUCAAACUUGCACUGGACUCCAAUAGCUUUGUUGGAACAGCAAUUCUAGAUGUUUAUGCAAAAUGUAAUAUGAUUAAGGAUGCCUGCUGGGUUUUUGAGAAGAUGCCUGAUAAGACUGGAGUUACAUGGAGUUCAUUGUUCGCAGGAUAUGUGCAGAAUGGCCUUCACGAAGAAGCAUUGUCUUUAUUUCGGAGUGCCCAAAGGGAAGAAGUAGAAUUGACUGAAUUCACUCUUUCUGCUGUCAUUAGCGCUUGCGCAAGCUUAGCAUCAAAAAUUGAAGGGACACAACUGCAUUCAGUUAGCGUGAAAUGUGGUUUUCAUGGGAACUUGUUUGUGGCAGCAUCCCUUGUGGAUUUAUAUGCAAGGUGCGGUCAGAUUGAAAAAGCUUAUGCAGUAUUCGCUUACAUGGAACAUAAGAAUGUUGUCAUAUGGAAUGCAAUGAUUGCUGGUUUUUCGAGGCAUGCCCAUUCUUGGGAAGCUAUGAUUCUGUUUGAGAAAAUGCACCAGUUAGAGCUUUUUCCGAACGAAGUGACCUAUCUUUCCGUGUUAUCUGUGUGCAGUCAUGCAGGUCUAGUUGAAGAGGGUCGUCACUACUUUAACCUGCUAAUGUCUGAUCAGACUGUUGAACCUAAUGUCCUUCACUAUUCUUGCAUGGUUGAUGUUCUGGGACGAUCUGGGAAGACUGAUGAGGCGUGGGAACUGCUUCACAAAAUGCCAUUUGAACCAACUGCCUCUAUGUGGGGAUCUUUGCUUGGGUCAUGCAGGAACUACACUAACAGUAGACUAGCCAGAAUAGCAGCUGAGCAGCUUUUCCAACUUGAGCCUGACAAUGGAGGGAAUCAUGUUUUGCUCUCAAAUGUAUAUGCUGCCAGCGGGAACUGGGAAAAUGUUGCGAUGUCAAGGAAAUAUUUGAAGGAUAGUGGUGCAAAGAAAGAACCAGGCAGGAGUUGGAUUGAGGCAAAGGGAAAAAUUCAUGUCUUUGUUGUUGGAGAGAGAAAGCAUCCAGAAAUCAGAGAUAUACAUAAUAAGUUGGAGGAAAUCUAUGAUGAUAUGAGAAAAAUUGCUCGCAGAACCAAAAUAGAAUGUGAUCUGCAUGAUGUUCAUGACGACCAAAAAGAGGAGCUGCUUAAAUACCAUAGCGAGAAGUUAGCACUUGCUUUUGGUUUAAUUUGCUUGCUUCCUAAUAUGCCAAUAAUAAUACACAAGAACCUUAGGAUCUGCGGAGACUGUCAUUCGUUCAUGAAGGUUGCAGCCCAUAUUACCGAACGUCUAGUCAUUGUCAGAGAUACCAAUAGAUUUCACCACUUUAAGAAUGGCUCAUGUUCUUGUGGGGACUUUUGGUGAUUUUGGACUGAAUGGAGAAUGCAACUAUCUAACAGUGGUACUGUCUUCGUGUAGCAAAUUAUUGCCUCUCAGUAGUGGCACUGCCGCACCAAAGAUCUAUGUCAGGACUGAUUUCUUGAUAGCUUUGCCAUUCAAGUCAAUAAUGUCAUGUUGUUGGCCCAAUGGAUGUAAUAUAAACACUAUCAUCUGAUCUCCGUAUAAAAAUGGAUGCAGAUGCAACUACUUGAUGAACUGAAUAAACUGUGUCAGCUAUCUUGUACACUGUAUUCUUUUCAUACAUGACGAGCCACGUUGGUUGGUGGUCCAGUAAAGAUAUACAUGGGGAGUGGAUGCAAGAUCUGUUCGUACAGCAAUACACAUGGGAAAUGGAUUUCUUCCAACCUCGACACUUGCUGAUUUCAGUGGCUGAAGAAGCCUGCUAUGCCACUUACUUGGCACUACCAGUGUAAUUAUUGAGAACUGUACCAACUGAUGCACAUUGUGGUUUCAGCUCCUUAUGAUCGAAUCAUCUCAUCAUUCUUUCCACUUCAAAAAUUAUGAACUCCGGAAAGCGGUAUAUCUUGAUGUCCUUUUCCAGCACUGCUCCUGUCAUAUUCUAUUUCUGAAGUUCUUUAUGUUAUAGUAUUAAAUAUCUUGCAUCUGCACAUAAUUUGCACUGGGAGUUUGUGGCAUUAUUACUCUUGUAGCCAUCAAAUCCAAUCCAUAUUUGUUGCAUUUACGGUAGCAAUUAUUUGUUAUAACUUUCAAAUUGAGAACCAAGUCCCUCUGAGUAUGCUUGUACAAUUAUACCUUUUUGUGAGCUUUCGAUUCAAGAUUCAUAGUAAUCUGCCAUUCUAGGCUUUUCGCGACAAGGACAAAAGAAUUGGUUAUUUUAGAAAUAACUCCAAACACAAUGUCCCCCAUUUUUUACUGUAUCUCCCGAGGUUUCUUCUGUGCAGCACUUAAACAGUAUGUGCUGUCUGAUACUUACUGUCCACAUUUUUUGACGGAUCUUGCCACUUCCAUUUCCGUUAAUCUAAUUCUCUUUUGGUCGCAUCCUCUUGGUCAUGUUUCUUAGUUAGACUAGUAUGUUGUUAUUUUGAGGCAUACCUAAAUCUUUUCAUCUCUGUGUACUACAGUAUAACAUAGCAGAACCGCUAGUUAGUAUCAAUAAUUCAAUACAGUAAAGCUGUCUGUCCUUGUUCUCUAAAAAUUGAUUUCUGUCCUUGUCAUUUGACAUCCUUGCGAACUUGCCAGCUGUGCAUAGUUUCGCAUCUGCACAGUCCCCACUCGCCAUCUCCCGCAUGUUACAUCUGUUUCUCAAGGAAAGUACUGCUUGUAUACAAAAGUUGGCGGCUAGAACCACUAGCAGGCCCCAUGGAAAGGGAAAACAAUGCAUAUGAGAGAGGACCAUUCAUCAGGUUAGCCAUUAUUUUGUGGACCAUACAUCAUGAACUUCGUGAAGGUUGCAGCUUCUUGUAAAGGAAAAGAGAUCUUGUGGCUGAUGCCUGAUGGGUAUAUCAUAGCAUUCUCUACCCCAGUUUGAGUUGCCCCCCUACGCGCCUAUUAUUUGAGUCAGUCCUUUGGUAGUCGAGCAUAUGGUUGUCUAAUCCGGUGGUGGUUUCCGUUGCUCGCCUACUGAUUUACUCUCGUCGCAUUGUCAUAUUUAUUCUUGGUUACAGCUGUCUGGUCAUUGUACUACCAAACUGUGGAACUUCGAAUAGAAUUGUCCCAUUGCUUAAUUUGAUGCCAAAAUUUGGUAAGAUUAUGUUUUCUUGGGCUAUUUUUUAUUUAAUUUUUUAACGAAACUGAACAGCCAAUUUGGGCACCUAGAUUGAGGCAAACCCACAAUUUGGCUUAGUUUUGUUGCUCUGUAUUGGCUACCAAACUGUCCAAACCUUCAUAUCCGAUCUAGCCCAGACUUUCACGUUGAAAUGAAACUUCAGCUUUUGCUGUAGUAUAAUUUACAUGGGUGACGUGAUUAGUUUGUACUUAGUGGUUGCAUCCUUUGACAAAUCUAUUCUUUUACAUUAAAAAGACAAUCUCUUUUUCUUGGUAUGUGUUAAGUAGACCAGGUGAGGGUCUACUUUACCAUUAUGGCACUCACAUGACUCUUUGUACUAAUGUUAAUAUAACUAUUUGGUGUUCAAAGGCGUUAAUCAUGCAGCCCUGGGGUGCCCCGGAUAAGGUUCACUGUCAUUACGUAAAGUCCCGCUGCACAUGGCUCCUGUUCUUGCUAGCAGACAGGAUAUCUUGCUGUUGAUACGGUCAUUAACCUAUAUAAGUUUAAUCAUCACAACCACAAUUUGCUGCAAGUUCCAUUCAGAUGACUCUAAAGCCUGCAUCUCAUUCAUUCUUUGAUCCAGCCUUUGGAGAAACCGGAGGGGCCAAGUUUGUUAUGUCAGCAGGUCCUGUUCAGAAUCAAAUCAUAACGUGCUAUAGUUGAUUGUAAUCUCACGUGGCCAUGUCAUUUUUCUUGUCCUGCCUGCUGUUCUAUGCAGCUGAGAGCUCCAAGUUCCCAAACGCCAAAAAAUUCAAACGCUGAAAUUGGAAAUAGGAUCAAGAUUGGACCUUCACACAGAUCCUCUCCUCUCCUCUCCAAUUUCCAACAAGUUCGUGAAUAGGAUGAUACAGAUUUUUGUCCCCAAGUUCUUCCCCACUAUGUGUUUGGUGUCCUCCAGGCACAUGAGCGAGCCGGUAUCCCGUGGAAUUGAAUACGGGAUCACUCGAGAUAAGGGGACACACAUGCUAAUGCCCCUCAUUAUGCUAUUCGAUCCCAUGGCGCGAUCUGUUCCUUUUCCAUGAGGCCACGUAUGUUUUGCCAGGUUCAUGCAGGUGUAGCUGGGACUGCGAGCCCUCAGCGGCAUCAUAGACGUGGGCAGCAUAUGCUACAGCGCGUCUUCAGGAUGAUGAUCCGUGUGUGUGCCGUGGGAAUGCGUAAAGGAGAGGUGCAGGCUGCAGACAAUCUCUAGACUGAAGCUUUCCUUCCCUGCGCACUGAAGACUGACUUGAUAGAGAAGGUCUGGCCGGCCAGGCCAGGAGGAGGAGAGGUGAGAUGAUGGAGAGAGAGAGAGAGAAGAAAAAAACUGGUAUGUCUUCAGAUGCCUUUUCACCGUCGCAGGGCCUGCAUGGUGUCAUGUUGGUACUCGCUUUCGGUCAGCAUAAAGUUGGUCUUUAGUGAAGGGAGACAAAGUGGAAGCAACGGCUCCUGAUUACCACGAGGCUCCUGAAAAGGAUAAACAAUCUACUGAAUAGUUGGAAUAUGGAAUAAAUAACAUGCACAUCUACACUUGAGGGUAGUGAAGAAUAUAGCUGUAGUAAUGAAAUUGCAAUAAAAAUUAAAUGCACAAACGAGAUCAAUCCAUGCAUUGUAAAUUUGUAUACAUCACUUUUUUUUAAGCCUGGCCUCUACAUCAAUCGAUGACCUUUUCUUAUUUCACUAUUAAAAGAGGUUUUACAGCUUAUCACAGUUCACGGGUCACUAAGAGUUGAUAGUAUCAGCCAUCUAAAAAUGCAAAGCGGCAUAGAAGCUUCUUUGUUUCAGUAUGUUGUUCUUCUGUCAAGCCGUCAUCAACAUCGGUUGUAUACAUCCCGUGCAACUGUUUUUAAAUGGUUGCACCCAAUAUUUAUGGCCUAGUUUUUAAACGAUUGCACCCAAUAUUUAUGGUCUAGUACUGAUCCACCGGCUAGAGAAAGGACUACAUGCGGGUUAAAUGAGUAGCCAAAGGUAUAACCUGCAAAAAAUGAGAGCUUGCUCCACGUAUGCCAAAUAGCCCAUAGUAAAGCACACACCAACUCCAGUGUGGGCUUUAUCAUUCUUAGCAA